UUCAAAACAUAUCUCAACGAGGUAUGUGCCCAAAAUACCCCUUCCCUCUUUUUUGUUAAAAUGUUAAAACUAAGUUAUGGUUCAGAAACCCCCAUAGAAAUUAGAAACGUCGAAACAACAGUCUAAUAGCCGAUGGGGAUAUCCCAAUCAGCAUCGAAGCGAGUGAGCUCCACGCUAACCAACUCAACCCAGUUCAGCUCAGCUUGCGACUCAGCCUACGCUCACUGCCUCUCCCUAACUCAGCAAGCAUUCCCGGGAGUCCUCCCUUACCAGCUAUCAACCGCCGCCAACCAUCUGCAUGAAACCCUCACUUCUCUCCACCCCCACCCUCUCAUUCUCCGCUGGCUCCCUUCUCCUCCUACUCGCUCCCAAGUUGACUCAGCCUUCCGGUUCGUAACUCGCCACCAACAUGAGCACCGGAACGAUGAAGAACAGCUGGUCCUGGGCCCGUCCCAGUUCAGGGAAUGGGCAGUGGUGCUAUUCGCCGAUGCCGUGGUGGGAAACGCUGGCAAGGCAAAAAAACAGAUCCAACAGGCAACAUUUAACAUUAUAUAA